UGUUGUGUUUGAAUUGCCGUUUCGAAAUUGCAGUACUUACAAUGAGACCCUUUUUUGAAAGGGUUGGUACCGCUCUUUAUACAAGUGCCGCCGGGUGAAAAAAGGAUAUCGUCCUCAUCAUUACUGUAUGAACAAGAGGAUAAUAUACAGUGAUGCUAUACCGACCCACGAAGGACAUCGUCCGCUGUGGCCUGUGUACGGAGAAUAUAAGUAUGUGCCACCACAGCGCUGGCUGCAUAGCAUAGAGCAUGGAGCCGUGGUGAUGCUAUACCACCCAUGUGCACCGACGUGGUUCGUGGAGAAGCUGCGGAAACUGGUGAGGGACUGCCUGCGAAAGCACAUCAUAACUCCGUACAGACGGCUCAGCCUCGAACGACCACUGGCCUUGGUUGCAUGGGGCUGCAAGCUGCAGAUGAGUCAUGUCAACGCGAGAGAGGUCAUCAAAUUCAUCAAGGAGCACGCCCUGCGGGGACCCGAAGGGCGCUUGUCCAUGGAGGGACAGUACAGCUACAUGUUGCUUGCCAAAGCCCGUCCACCUGGUGGAUCCGACAUGAACGACGCUAACCUAUGCCCGGCUCUUCACGAGAAUGCACUGUUGUAGACGACUUUUUAAGCGGUUCACAUUUUGCUCACAUAGGCACCCGUUCCUUACCACUGAACAUCUGUUUAA